UACAUGUCACAUAUAUAUAUAUAUAUUCCUCAUUAAAGUUUUCAUAUAUUUUAAAUAGCAGUAUUCAAGUUGGAGAAGUACUAUUGGUAAGAAAAGUUUGUUCGUGACAGCAGUGAAAUUUCAUAAUGGAUAAUUUCUCAUUGAAGAGUGGUUUUCUUGAAAAUGUUAGUUUUUCUAAGUCCAAAGAGGAUGCAGAUGGUAGUCAACAUGUGUGUGACAUUAGUGAUUCUGUAUUGAUGAAUCAAUCAAUCAUAAUAUCGGGGAAUGUAAGCAAUGUUAAUUAUGAAAUUCAUGAUGUUAGUAAUACCUCUGCCAACGAUGAAUUGAAUACUAAUAUUGAUGCAUUGAUGCUGGAUAAGAAAGCGAUUUUUAUAGAAGAUAAACAUGAUAUUGGUUCAUCGAAUGAAAAAUCUCUAAAUAAACAUUGUUUGGAUGAACAUAUUUUUUCAAUUUCCUGUAAUCAGUCCGAUUUAUAUAUAAGUAAGAAUUUGGAUUCUGUGAAAGAACCAGAAGUAGAAAUCACCUCACGCGAAGAAAGUAAUGGAAAAUUUCUAGUAAAAUUUCACAUAAAAAGUUUCGGAAAUGUAUAAGUGGAAUCACUUUAGAUAAGUGAGAAGAUCUAUAAAUUGACAUUCACCUCCACGGAAGAUCAACUAUGGCAAUGCAUAUCAUGAAAAUAUGUUGAUGUGAUAUAAUUUAUUUACUGAUUAGAUGAUCUGUUAUUUUUAUUACAUUUUCAAAAUACUUUGAAUGGAAAAGCUUAGGUUAUUUGAAUUUUAUGAAUAAAUAAAUAGAUAAAUUUAUUAUAAAAAUAUGUAAAAGUAUGUUUAUCAAAAAUAAUUGCUUUCCAAAAUAUUAAAGUGCUUUAAUUUAUAAUCAAGUUUAAUCAA